AUGAAUAUGAUACUGUGUGGUCGUGUUGAGAAAACUUGUGCACACACUGUCGAAUCAUAUUUCGAAUACGAAGCGAGUGCCGCUUUCACGAAUGAAGUAUCCGUGCUUGUCAAGACCAACAACAAAGAAAAAGACGUACGACAAAAUAUGGUCGUGACACAGAGACAGGGUUCAGUGCCUUUCCUAGCACCCUGCGCUUUUUUUUUUGGAUACUUUGCAGUUCUUCGUCUUCUCGUCUCUUCGAAUUAUUCAUCGAUCAUGAUGUAAAUGUAAAUGCCUUCGAUUAUUCUUCGUCUAUCGGUGACAUCAUGAUGUAAAUGUAAAUGCCAAACUAGCUGUUAUCCGUGUGACCGCAGUAUUUGUACUUGAGCGCAGCCGUG